CUGAGCGCUGAGUAUGACUUCAUCGUAAUUGGUGGUGGCAACGCAGGGUGCGUGCUUGCACGCCGUCUGAGUGAAGACCCAUCCAAGACCGUGUUGCUCGUCGAACGGGGUGAUGGCGACGACUCUUGGUUAACACGCGUCCCACUCACAUCGACGUACCAAUUUUCGGACGGAAAACAUAGCAAUGUAUUUUCAAGCGUGUACGAAGAACACAUUGGCCGUUCAGUCACCUGUGUAACUGGUUUGGGCCUCGGUGGCUGCACCCGCAUCAACGGUUGUCAGUAUACUUGCGGGGCACCUGCCGAGUUUGACUCUUGGAGUCGAGAUGGUAGACACGGUUGGUCUUAUGCAGAGUUGAAACCGUUUUUCAAAAAAUCAGAGACAUGGCUGGGGCGAGAUCGACGAGAAUACCACGGCUAUAGCGGUCCUCUCUACGUAGAGUCUUAUGAAGGGUAUUACUUCAAGUCUUUCGAAGCGGUUGAAAAGACUUGCCGACGCAUUCUCCCCACUAUCGAAGACAUGCAUUCUCCGACUGACCCUAGCAUCGGAUGGUGCAAAAUGCAAUAUACGAUGGACUCCUCUGGAUGUCGUUCGUCCUCGUAUAGAGCUUACCUGCCCAUGGAAAUCCUUGCUUCUAGGAAGGAUAGGCUUCACGUAUACACAGGCGCCCUGGCUCGCAAACUGAUUUUUGAUAGGAAUGGUGACGGACCAAUAUGUGUACGUGGCGUUGAGAUACAAGGAACCAACUCCGAUAGCAUCUCUGUCAAUGUACGAGCUAAAUGCGAAGUGAUAUUGUGUUGUGGUGCUCUGCGAACGCCGCAGCUUUUACUGCUCAGCGGGGUUGGCCCUAGGAAACACCUUCAGGAGAUGAACGUCGACGUCGUCUUGGAUUCGCCUGGUGUGGGAGAGCACCUGCAAGACCACCUGAUAGUGCUUACAGGUUACAACUGCCCUUUAAUCGACUCAAUCUGGGCCAUGCUCGUGCGACCGACUGUCUUGAUACGAGAACUGUACAAUUACUUGCGGUACGGAACUGGCUGGUUCUUGGGAACGCUGGUAGAAUUGGAGAUUUUCUUUCUCUCUUCCCUGGUCGAGAAAGACGGUCGAGUGAAACCCAUCUCGAAGGAACGCGAGGACCCUUUCAAUCCCGAGAAUAUCCCGGACAUCGCAGUUCUGCCUUCCCCUCUCUCAGACCCACGGGUAGAGGGGGCUAACAAGUGGCAGGGGCUGUUCGGUUUAAACCCAGCCUUGCUUAAAGUGACCUCGCGUGGUUCCCUCCGUCUGCGCUCACUGGACCCAAAGGACGCUCCGCUUUGUAACCUGAAUUACCUAAACACUCCAGAGGACCGAAAUGCAAUGCGUGCAGCGUUACGACUCUCAGCAGAAAUUGCGCGGAAGAUGUGCGAUGCCGGAUACCCCCUCAAAGAGACUUAUGUUCCGAAAUCUUUGGAAGAUGCCGAUCUCGAUGUUUUCAUUCAGGAAAGGGCGGACUCGAUGUAUCAUUACUCCAGCACGUGUCGCAUGGCACCUCUGGAUGAUACUCUCCCAGGGGUGGUCGACAACGAUCUUCGGGUACACGGAACAACCAACUUACGGAUUGUUGAUGCCAGCAUCUUCCCUGCAGUCCCUGCUACGCAUCCUCAGGCGCUCGUUUAUGCGGUCGCAGAGAAAUGCGCAGAUAUGAUUGUGAAGGGCCAU